GUUCCCUUGUUCACAGUUCCUCGAAACGCCGCGCACUCAGCAGAGACUCAGACCCCGUCGCCCCCAGCGGCAGUUAGCAGUAUGAAUUAUCAUGAAGGACCUCAAUAACCUGCUGCGAAGGUAGUCGCGCGCUGGGCCUCACCAAUGACAGGGCGCUCGCCGCAAGGAGGGGAGGAGCUGCGGCAGCGAUAUGAUAUGGAGGAUGCGGUUGCGGAGCGGUGUGAGCGCCAGAGUGCCGAGCUUUGUCAGGAUGAGGGCCAGGCAGACGGCGCAACGUCGAUGAUGCUGAUGCAGCCAGCGUCAACGCAGCUGGUGCAAAGGGCGCAGGCGAACGGGGUUUUGCAGUACGAUACCCGGGACACGCCGUUCCGGACCCCGGCUGCUGCAGCCCCUGGCGAAGCGCGCUCUAGAUACCCCCUUGAGCACGAGCGGCCAGGCGCAGGCGCGCAGUUGCCGUCAGCUGCCGCCAGCGGGGCGCCAACGCGGCAGGCUACUGCGGCGCCUAACCCGUUAGAUGUCAGUGACGCCUCGGGCGUUGCGGAGGGCCAGGAGGCGCAACCACCACCCACCCCGUGGCUGGGCGCCAGCGGCGGCGGGGAGGUCGCCUGCGGAGAAAGCGGCAGCGGUACGGGGCAAAUCAGCAGCAGUGGCGCCGGCACGGAAGCUGCGGCGAUGGUGCUCAAAUCUGGGCUAACACGGAGGUCUGGAUCCAAGCAGCGCUCCGCCGCAACAACUGGCGAGGAUGAGCUUGGCCCCUUGCCGUUCGACGCCAAUCGCGAGGCGCCCACGCUGCGGCUGGUGGCGGGGCGGGACGAGGUGCCGCGCGUCAACACCACCGCGGCCCUGGUGGCGCAGCACACGCCCUCGGCCGACAACGCACUGGAGGCGGAGGUGGCUGCGCUGCUGGAGGCUGCGGGGGCCGCCAAUGCUGAAGCACUGGAGGAGGCGGAGGAGAAGCUGGCGCUCAAGGCGCUGUCGCUGGAGGAGGCUCGCGAGCGGCGCGAACGGCUUGCCAAGCUGCGCAGCCUGCUGUUCUACCACGAGCUCAAGAGCCGACGGCUCAAGGCCAUCAAGAGCAAGGAGUAUCAUAGGCACCUCGCUAAGGCCGCCAAGCGCAAGGCCACCAAGCUAGCCGCCGCCGCCGCGGACGGCGCGGCCGCCGGCGACGGCGACGCCGAGGCCGCUGCCGCGCGCGCCGCCGCCAUCGAGGCCGAGUUCCAGCGCGCUAAGGAGCGCCUCACGCAGCGCCACCGCAACACCAGCCGCUGGGCGAGGCGCGCGCUCAAGCGCGGCAAGCUCGAGGUGGAUCCUGGAACCAAGGCGGCGCUGGCCGAGCAGAUCCAACUGGGCCAGCAGCUCAAGCGGAAGAUCGAGGGGCGGCGCGGCAGCGGCAGCGAGGAUGAGGGCGACAGCGACGCUAGCACCUCGGCCUCGGACGGCGAGGGCGCGGGCGCGGGUGGCAGGCCGGGCGGGCGGGCGCGAAGCGCGGCUCUGGAGCUGCUGGCAGGUGGCGGCGCGGUGGGUGCCGACGGCGAGGAGGCGCCGAAGAAGGGCCUUCUGGCACUGCCCUUCAUGAAGCGUGCCCUGGAGCGGCGGCGGCUGGCGGCGGCGGCGGAGGCCGAGGAACUGCUGCGCGAGCUGGACGAGCAGGCGGCGGCGGGCGGCGGCGGGGCAAUCGGCGGCGGCGGCGGCUUUGGCGACGACGGCGAGGACGACGGGGAUGGCGGGAUGACCGGUGCCGGCGGUGAUGCGCUAGAGCGGCUGGUGGGCUAUGGCGUUCCGGCGGCGGCGGCCAACGGCACCGCUGGGCGGCGGCGGUUCGGCGGCGGCGCCGCCGCCGCAGCGGCAGCGACCGAAGAGGCUGACGACGGCAACGAAGACCUUGGAUCUGACCUGGAUUCUGAUGACGCGGAGGACGCGGAGGCGAAGGCGGAGCGGCUGGGCCGCAAGACGAAGGAGGCGGCGGCAGUGGACGCAGCCAGCAGGAAGCAGCAGCAGCGGCAGGCGGCUGCUGCUGCCAAGAAAGCCAAGCGCGGCGCCGCCGCGCCGCCGACGGCGGCCGAGCAGGCGGAUCUUGACGCCGCGCUCGCCGCUGGCGCCGCCGGGCGUGGGCUGCUAGUCUCGAGCGAGGCUGACCUGCUGCUGGUUGACGGCGGUGCUGACGCGGACGCGGACCAGGAGCGGCGGCGCAGCGGCGGCGCCGCCAGCACCCGCGGCGGCGGCGGCGGCGGCGGCGACGUGCUGGCGGAGGUGGCGGCGCAGCGUGGCAGCGUGUCGGCGGGCCGCGCCGGGCUCUUCCAAGGGAGGAAGGACGGCGCUGCGGCGGCGGCGGCGGCAGCUAACGGCAGCGGCGGCGACGGUGCCGCCGCCAAGUUUGUUGCGUCAAAGAAGUUCGUUGGAGCGCGGCCAGGCUACGCGUUCAAGAAGGGGCCGCAGGGGAUAGGAUACUAUCUAGACCCCAAGCAGCCACUGGCGGCGGCGCUGGCACAGCCGGCCGCAGCGGCAGGUGGAGCCAAGGGCGGCAAGGGCGCCGGCGCGGCAGUGGCGGCACCGGUUGCGGUGGCAGGGCAGGCGAAACCGGCCCAGCAGCAGCAACCACACGCAGGGAAAGGGAAACAGCAGCAGCAGCAGCAGCAGCAGGGGGGGAAAGCAGGGGAAAAGCAGGGCGCGGCGGCUGACACGGGCGGCACCGCCAGCGACGGCAAUGGCGAUGAUGACGAGGCGGCUCCGCUGAUGAAGGCCGCCCCCUCAAACAAAGACCUCAUUCGCCAGGCGUUCGCCGGCGAUGACGUCGCGGCUGAGUUUGCGGAGGAGAAGGCGGCGGCGGUGGCGGAGGAGCUCCCAGACAUUCAGGAGCCGUCCGCGCUGCCGGGCUGGGGCGCGUGGAGCAGCCAGCAGCGCAACCCCAAGUGGAUGCAGGCGGCCAAGGACCGCGCAGCAAAGCAGCGCGCGGACGCGGCGGCGGGGCGGCGCGAUGCGGGCAUGAAGUAUGUGGUGGUGAGCGAGAAGUGGGACAAGAAGGCCGCCAAGUACACGGCACCCGCCGCGCCCUUCCCCUUCACCUCCCCCGAGGCCUACGAGCGCAGCCUGCGGCAGCCGCUGGGUCGCGACUUCAACCCCGACCAGGCCUUCCGCGACCUUACCCGCCCCGCGGUCAUCAAGCAGGCGGGAGUCACCAUCAACCCGCUGCGCUUCAGCGAGGCCACAGCCAAGGGGCUGGGCCACAAGGGCCGCGCGGCGGAGGCGGAGCGCGAGAGCAAGAAGGUGGUCACCGUGGCAGGCGGCAUGCCGCGCGUCGGCAAGGGGCAGCUCGCCAAGUAGGGCGCGUGCUGGCAGGCGUGGUAGCUGAGGGCAGUGGCUCUUUGCAGUGCAGCAGGAUGUGGUGAUGGCGUGAUGGCGGGGUGACGGGGCGUUUGGGUUUGUCGUGGGUAUUGCCGUAUUGGUAAUGGGUGGCUGGCGCUGUCGUGGGCCAGCAGGUCGCUGCGUCAAUGCGCUUGCUUGCGCCGUGGAGCAACGGCAGCAAGUGGUCGGCGCAGAUGGAUUCCUGUAUGCGCAGUUGUCGCAAAUCUCGCGUUAAGGAUUUCGUGUCGCUGGCUGACUCUGAGAGGGAUCCGGACUCGUGGGUUGAGGCGGCAUAGGCAAACAGCUGUGUACUGGUGCGCGUAGAGAAGGUUGUGUCGACACUUGACAGAUGGGUACUCGCACACGCAGGCUCGCUCCCAAUUACCCUACAAUACGGGACGGUAUUCGGAGACAUCCAGAUUAUGGAUGCGGAUGUUACAGAGGGGACAGUCCCAGCACCCGAAGACGCCGAGCCAUCACAUACUA